AUGGUGGAAAGACGUGAAAGUCUCAAACUAACGAGUAAAUUCAUCGGCGAAGCUCUGGGCGAUACUCUGCCAAAUGUGAGGACUGUGUUUGCGGGAGGGUCUCGUGAUUCAAUUCAACGAGAAUCACGAGUGGUCCUUCUGCUUGGAGCCUCGAACACGAAAAAAUGCGCGCUCGUCGAUUUCAUGUGCAACUAUUUUUAUGGAGUGAAUCUCGAAUCCGAUGAACGUUUUCAUAUCGCAAAUGAGAAGUUUGAAGCCUCAACCCCGUCACGAUCGAUCACAACUUAUGUAUUCAACGAUGCGCAAACAAGUUUUCGACCGAUUGUCAUUGAUACUCCAGGUGUUGGCAAAGAAGAAUGUGAAAAAGAGAUCCACGAUCUUUUCCAAGCGUGGCUUUCCCUCAAUCAACAUCAUCGAAUCGACGUUGUCGGUGUGGUUCUUUCAUCGCAAUGUCGAAUGACGAGCGCUGAAGAGAAUGAACUCGUCAAAGUACUCGAUUACAUUCCUGAGCAUAUGAAGAAAAACAUUGUGCUUCUCAUUAGCGACUCUGACGGUUCACCAAUCAAUAUCGCUGUUUUGCGCCGCUUGAAAUUGCAUGGACAUCCCGAAUACAAGUUCAAUACGGAAUGCAUGUUUGAGAGAAAACAAGAUGACUCUUUGAAAGAAUAUCUUCGUGAGAACUACUGGAAAAUGAGUGAAAAGAACUUCUCGGCACUCUUCGAACAAGCUGAACGCCUUGAACCAAAAACGAUUUCCGGAUUACCGCACGAUGAUCGAGGCUUCUCGCCCGGAGUCCAACGAAGAGGUCUCAGCGAUGCGACGAUUACAACAACAACUGAAACAGUGACUACUAGAAAGAUCAUGCACGAUACAAGCUCUUCCAACUCUGUGUAUGAAUAUUCGGGCGGUAGUUUGGGGAGAUCGUUACAGAGACCAAGCGGUUUUCCGCCACCACCUCCAUCAGACAGCGACGGACCAUCACCUCCACCAAUCACCACUUUACCAACUGCGGCUCCGAUCACGAUCACCCCACCGACACCGACCAUUCAUGUACCAGCUGUGCCGCCAGCUCCACCAGGUCCACCGCCUCCGCCACCCCCACCGCCUCGUCCUCCACCACCACCCCAAACAGCCAAAGAACCCUAUCUACCGUAUGCCGACGAUGCUCCCGAACCAAAACGUGAGCGCUCACACUCAGGAAACAGCCAUUAUUCAAAUGUUUACUCGGAAUCUGGGUCAACUAUGACAAAAAAUAUCACAUAUUCUGCGGAAACCUAUGGAACGAAUACUUUGAAUGUGCAAACGCAAGAGAUCAUCAGUCCACCUGUUACUCUACCCACUCAUAAUGAACCAAGUCCUCCAGGCUCAGGUCCACCAACUCCACCGAAAGCCGCUAAAGAGUCAGCUAGAGAAGCUUUUGGAAUGAGUCCGACCACUCCGAGUCCUACAAGAAGAACCUCACCAUAUUCUCCAUCGUUGACGAACAUGUUGCAAACGGAGAAAGAAGAACAUGAGAGGAGCUUAAGGGCUUCUAAAGAUGAGCUUUUCCACUCUUCUCAAGUCUCCCAUCACACAACUGGCUCAAGGCACUCGAUUCAUCACACCGGCUAUGAAGAUCAACGACAUUUUAUGAGAUCUGAGGGUGGUAGUGAGUCAAGCAGCCGGGCGACCGUUAUCGCUCAAAGUGCCUCUCCUCACCACACAACAAAUAGCUCUUUGCAAGAAAGAGUGAUGAGUGAGAGUGCCCUUCAACACCUCAAUUUCCCAUCUCCACCCGCUCCAAGUUACUCCCGAAGAGUCGAAGAGUUACCUCAUGGAAAGACCGUGAUUGAGGAAGAGGUGAUUCCGACGAGCACCGGUUACUCAUCGACUGUUAAAAAGACGACAACUCUCGAAUUUGGACAGGGGACAAAUGUUCAAAAUGCUCUCGACCUCCUCGACCGCUACACACCAAUUCCACCAAAAUACGAGGAACCACCAUCAAAUCUUUCCUCGAAAUAUGAGAAUAUUGGAUAUGGAGCAACUCCAAGUGGUGGAAAUGCAAGAUACAGUGAGAAUAUUGGAUAUGGAGCAACUCCAAGUGGUGGAAAUGCAAGAUACAGUGAGAAUAUUGGAUAUGGAGCAACUCCAAGUGGUGGAAAUGCAAGAUACAGUGAGAAUAUUGGAUAUGGAGCAACUCCAAGUGGUGGAAAUGCAAGAUACAGUGAACAAACCGUGACCUCGGGCCGUUUACCCCAUCAUCCAUCGGAUGAGUCGUCAAAUCGGAGCCUUUCGCCGAUGAAUACUGGCACUGUUAGAUACACUUAUAACGAGGGAACACGCCAUUACGAUGCUUACGUCCUGAGCCAAGGAAGCAGCUCGGAUACUGGAGCUGAGAGGGAAUCUGGUGUCUAUGCUUAUGGAACGUUACCUGAGCUGUCGAACACAAAGAUCCACCAUCCGCAGCCGAUUGCUGGAGGUGCUGUACCGCAGAGACCGAUCAAGGAAACGGUGAUCGAUGAUAUCCCGACUCCACCGCCGCACGCCAAACCACGAGAGAGUCUAGUUGGAGCAGUGGCACAAAUUGGUGGACAUGAUAGUGAAGUUAUCGAGACGAAAACCUCACCUUUCCAACGAGAAUCCGACUCCAGAAUAUCAAGGCACAUGCUUCAGGGAACCACUCAACAGACAACUCAUCAAACUGGAUCCAUGAUAUAUUCAAACGGUGGCCGAGCAACGCUUGCCGACGAUCAAGCCAGAGCCGCCGCUGAAGGAGUUUUCCAGCCUCAUCACGCUGGGCGAGUCGACGCGAACGGGGAGCGCCUCUCUCAACAAUAUUCGGUUGUCGUGAAAAAACCGACCGUUCCACAACAUGGAUCGAGAUAUGAAAACCUCACCGCUGCUGGUGGAAUGGUGUCUGAUUCGGUGACAUUGAGAGAGACGAGUGGGAGAACGAUUAGAAGAGAUGCCUACAACUCAGCUGAUGUGCGAGUUGAUGAUGAAAUGGCGCGAAGAGAUGAGAUGCUGAGAAGAACUACCGAGGACGUGCAACGUGACAGUUAUGUGGAGAGAAUGGCUCCAUCAAGGGUUAGACCCGUGCCAACCCCAAGAAAUGGUUCAAACCCAAACACUCCACAAAUUCACUCAGCACAACAAAAUGUCAACACCACAACUAUGACAAGAUCAGAACAAAAUCUAAGACGAUGGGGAGAUGAGAUUCCAACGUAUCCAGAGAGAUACCCGGAUCCGACGCAAGACCCCAACUAUGAACCUCAGCACAUUGCCGAGCCUGAGGAUGAUACGGAUGAUUGGAGUGAACAAGGACCGAAUGGGAAACGAAUGGUUACAGACACAACAACGACAACGACGCGAGUGCACGAGAGAAGACAAGGCCACUCACCCGAUCUCAGCCCACACAACGAUCCUAGAAGCCCCACAAAUCAUGAUUUGAAUCGAACCUAUCCUGAAUACCAGGAUCAAUCAAAAGACCCCGAAAGAAAUCGUUUACUUCAAGUUGAAAACCCUUGGGCACAACCACCGAAAAGAGACGCUGAAGCGAAUCGAAGGAAAAAUGUUGCCAAGAGAAGUCCGCUCAGCCUUGAAGGAAUCCGAUGUUGUCCACCAAAUAUUCUCUGUAUUUUGUGUCUAAUCGUGGCUCCACUGUUCUUGGUUAUCGUCAUCCUCACACUAAUCAUUUGUGGAAUCGCCAAAUUGCAC